GAGGUGCUAAGGUGGCCCGGGCCGGGCUGGGCUCCCGCGGGCAGGGCUCCCGCGGGCAGGGAGCUGGUGUCUGCGCGUCCGCCGCCCCGGGGGACCGACAUGGCCCACGAGCGUCCCGCCAGCGCCCUGGAGCCCGAGCUCGUCCAGCGGUUGUUGCUCUCCUGCCGGGAGGCCAAGAAGUCCGCCUACUGCCCCUACAGUCACUUCCGCGUGGGGGCCGCGAUCCUCACUCGGGACGGGAGGAUCUUCUCCGGGUGCAACGUAGAAAACAUCUGCUACCCUCUGGGCGUCUGUGCGGAGCGGACCGCGAUUCAGAAGGCCAUCUCAGAAGGACACAGAGAGUUCAGGGCAAUUGCUAUCUCCAGUGACCUGCAAGAUGACUUUAUCUCACCCUGCGGAGCCUGCAGGCAAGUCAUGAGAGAGUUUGGCACCAACUGGUCCGUCUACAUGACCAAGCCGGAUGGCACCUAUGUUGUCAGGACAGUCCUGGAGCUGCUUCCUGUCCCCUUUGGGUCCGUAGGCUGGCGUAAGAUCCAGUGAAGGUCGGAAAAGGCCCACUGCAUGGAAGAGCCUGGUUUUCCACGUGUGCUUAAGGGGACAGCUGCCCGGAGAACUGCACGAAGAUGUUCUCACAGACCUGGGGACAUCUGCCAAAUGGGCAGGGCUGGGCAGAGAUGGCUUUUCCAAAUUACACUCGAGCAUGGCGAUCUUCACUGAAGCGAUAAAAGGUUUCAUUCCGUCCUGGGCCAUCAUCCCUCCUGGCAGCCCACCUUGUCCUUCCCGGGACAGGAGCACCCAUCCCUUCCUUUCCUUCCUGCAGGCCCUCUGUAAAAUUCCAGCCAAGUCUGGACCACUUCCCCAUCAGCCUUCCCAAGGUUCUAUCCUGUUCUGAGCAACUUUUCUAAUUAUAGACAUCACAGAACAUCCGGAUUUGGGAGUGUGCAUUUUGCUCUGUCUCUAUCAUUGUUCACAACUCUAAGAAUGACAGGGUGAUUUGUCUUUAGAGAAAGACCUGGACACUUUCUGCUAGGAGAAAGUGGAACCACGUACCUUUUGGUAUGGAGAGCUGAGUUUUUAGGUGUCUUGCUCCUGCAGGUGGGAGGCCCCUCUGGAUGGGGUCAAACUGCCGGUGGCCAUUUCUAGAGUUUGUUUUGGGCUUAGGGUAGACCUGAGCACUGGAUGCUGUCCACCUCUCCACAAUUAUAUCUGAGAGAUUCCAAAGUAUAAAGAAAGGGGAAAGGCAGGAGUUUGUCUAGACAGGGUAAAAAAUGUAUCUCUGAAGACCGACCGUGAGCCGAGUACUUUCGCGUGGAUUCUUUUUAUUUAAAGUGCCCAGCAGCUCAGUGAAGUGGGUGUCUCCCCCUUCUUACAGAUGAGGGCACUGGACUUCAGAGAGGUUGAGUGACUUGCUCUAGGACUGUGGCAAAGCUCAGACCCGAACCCACUGUGGUCUAGAAACUGCGUGAUUUUUGCCAUGAGCUGUGCUAAGAUGUGUAACACAUACAAAACCUUACAUGAAUCCUCACUCAUCAAGCUCAAAGUACAUUGUCCUCAUUUUACCAAUGAGCUGAUCGAAGCUCAGAGAGGUCAAGUCACUUGCCCAAAGUCACACAGCUAAGAUGUAGCAGAGCUGGAAUUGGAAUCAGGUCUGUUUGAUUCCAAGGGGUUUUGUUUUUGUUUUUGUUUUUCCCAUUCUCCUGUAGCUGAUGUUUGGCUGCCUUUAUAUCUUUUACACGGCAGAUACUGCAAAGUGAAAGAUAUAUAAGAAAUAGUCUCUGCCCUUGAGGAGCUAACUCACAGUCUGACAGGAAGAGAGGUGUAAACAGGUCAAGUGCACAGAAAUAUACACUGUGACCCAGGCAAGUACGAAGUGCAAGGUGGGCACAGUGGAGGUGCCAUGCUGCCUUCUAGGGUGUGAGGAGAGUCAGGAAGGGGACUGUUUCAUUGAUGCAUUGGUUAUCAAACAUGGUCCGUCUGUCUGUCUGCCUCUCUCACGCACACACACAAUUAGGAAGGUGAGGACUGAAUAAGGGAAGGAGCCAGGCUGGCCCUCUAAAACAAGCCAGUGGCUUUGGGUGUCCUCCCUGGAAGUUGGCCUUGGGACCAGCCUCACUGUUUGGGGUAAAAAGAGAGCAUAGAUUUCCUCUUUCCUAGGCAAACAAGUUGCUGGGGACAUAGGAAGUGGACAGGUAAGUCACCCCUUCCCUGUGAGUCCUUUCUACUCAGAUCCAGAGCACACGCAGGUGUUGCUGUCUGGCUUUUCCACAACACACCCAGACCUCCCUGCCACCAUCUUGGGAAGCAGGAAGGGGGGUGGUCCCAGCAUCGCUGCACAGAACAGAAGUCGACUCUGCCUUUCUUUAGAAAUGGUCGAUGAGGGCGCCUGGGUGGCUCAGUUGGUUAAGCGACUGCCUUCGGCUCAGGUCAUGAUCCUGGAGUCCCGGGAUCGAGUCCCAGGUCGGGCUCCCUGCUCGGCAGGGAGUCUGCCUCUCUCUCUGACCCUCCCCCCUCUCAUGCUCUCUAUCUCAUUCUCUCUCUCAAAUAAAUAAAUAAAAUCUUUAAAAAAAAAAAGAAAUGGUCGAUGGGCUUCUCAACGAAGUGGGAUGGGGAAAGAAAAAGGUUGAAAGAAAAUGCACCAAGAUGUUAAUUAACAUCACUUAAAAUUCUGGUCGAUGGGAAUCUCAAUUAGUGAUUUGUUUUCUUUGUACAUAUCUGAAUUUUUUAAAUUUCCAAAAUGUUUUUAAAAACUAACAAGAAAAAGGGGUGCCUGGGUGGCUCAGAUGGUUAAGCGUCUGCCUUCGGCUCAGGUCGUGAUCCCGGGGUCCUGGGAUCGAGCCCCACAUCAGGCUCCUGGCUCGGCUGGGAGUCUGCUUCUUCCUCUCCCUCCGCCUCUCCCACUGCUCAUGCUCUCUCUCUCUCUCUGUAUCUCUGUGUCCCAAAUGAAUAAAAAAAAAAAAAAUCUUAAAAAAAAAAAAAACAAGAAAAAAAAUGAGAGAGCACAAUGGGUUUCAACUUUCAGACAGCCUCCUAACUGUGUGGCUUUGGGCAAGUUGUUUGAUUACUCUUGGGACUCGAUUUCCUCAUCUACAAGACAAGGAGAUGAUAGUGUCCACCCCAUAGAAUUGUUGUGCCGAUUGAAUGAAAUCAUGAGCCCAGUGGUGGACCCUCAGUAAGCUCUUUUGAUAAAAUCAGUCAUUACUUUUAUUAAAGGUGACAAAAGUUGGCCUUUGGAGGAUGUGAUUUGAUUUUUACCAACAAGCCCAUCUAUCCAUUCCUUUAACAAUUACUGAUCUGAUGCCUACUGUGUUCUAGGGCUGGAGCCAGACCCUGGGAACACAGCGGUGAAUAAGACAG